AACGCGACAGUGAGUGUAAAUCAAAGGCUGAUCUAAAAGCCGCUACUGAUACACCCGUAACUAAUACCGAUAUAGCUGGUAGUGUUCGUGAUCGUGAUCGUGUUCGUGAGCCUGUCGCAUGCCCAUUGAGCAAGACUGAGGCAAGCAUGUUGGAGGCCGUGCCAGAGGAACCGGCAGCUGUGACGGGAGCCAAUUGUGAUGUUUGUGCUGAUAGCGAAGAGUUGCAAAUAGUUAGAGAUCUAAUAAGUUUCGAUGAGGUGGUCGAUGGUUAUCAAGGCAUCGCCACGCGAAUGCCAAAAAAGUCAAAUGUCUGUGAUAGUGUCGAUGUGGAUUUGUUGUGUGCGCCCACUGCCGAAGAGCAGGAUGCAUUGCUGGCGUUGCUCGUGACGCCACCACCGACACCCCCAAAGCCAUCCUCGCCGGGUAGCAAUAGUUCCAGUCGCAAGACCAGCUUCGAUUCAACCUGCACGAUAAGCUCCAUGGACUCGGGUUUCAUUGAGAUGCAGAAUAAAUUAGAUGCGUUGGCUGCAGCGGCGGCAGCUGCCGCAGGAGCUGCGGGAGCGGUGGCGGCACCACAAAGUCAACGUCUUGAGGAUGCUGUGGGUGAGAAAAUUGCGCGUUGCAAUUACAAGGAAUGUCUAACGCAGUCGCGCAAUCGCCGCAAAUCCUAUGAGGAGUUCAAAGCCAUGUUUGCCGGCGCAUCGGAUGCAACAACAACUGCAACCGUAGGAGCCGCAACAACAACAACAGCCAUGCAGGAAAAGCGCUUGACGCGGCGCAGAACUUUGCAAGAGUUGUCGAGGUGUAAAGAAGAAAGAGAAACUCACAGUGUUGCUGAUGCCGCGGCAACAACAGCAACAACAGUGGCAGCAGCAGAAGCAACAACUGCGAUCGCUCUCGCCUCAAUAUCAGAACAAGAAACCACAAGCAACCACAGAGAUGGUGGCAACGGAAUCAACAAUAACAACAACAACAACAAUGACAGUGUUAACAGCAAACCGGAUUGCGUAAACGAGUUUGCAACGACGGCAACGGCUGGCAGCUCGUUAGCAGUAGUGGCCACGGAUGAAAUGGAUACCACUGGCGACGAUCUAGCAACAACAACGACACCAGCAACAGCGACCGCAGCAAUAGCAUCAGCUACCUUGCCAGCGGUCGCUGUCACCGAAGCAAUGCGCAAGAAUUCCGAUUUUCUAUCGCAAAUACUUGAUCAGCAAUUUGUGGCUAAGGAGCGCGAAAAGGCGCACAAACGUCGCACAUCUUAUGAGGAAUUUAAGCGUCUGGUGCGCGAGAUCGAAUCCGAGCAACAUGCGGUGGAAUGUUGUGGUGCCACAGACACCACACCCACUGCCACACCGUUUAAGCGUCAGAAUUCGCGGCAUCGCAAGAGUUUUGCCUCAUACUUUCUGCCACGUCGCAACUCAAGCAAAGAGCCAAAGAUUGUUCCAGAGUCUAGCUUAACGACAGCAACAACAGCAGCAUCUACAACAACACCAACAACACCUACCGAUCAGCAACAGUUGCAACUGCAGGCGUAUGCGAAACUUGCCGGCAAUGGCAAGUACAAUAGCGCCAAUUAUAGACGCAAUUUCAAGAUCUAUGACAAACUAAUUUAUGGCACCAUUUACGAUAUUAUCCAGCGCAAGAAUGAUAUCUACAAUCUGACAUAUCAGAAGUAUGACAAAUACAUGACCUAUGGCACCAUCUAUGAGAUAUUGCAUCGCAAAUCAUCGCAGAGUUCAUUCAGCGGCAGCUGCGACAAAUGGCAGCGCAAGAGUCUGAGCUCGAUACUGGAGCGUGAUGUUCCCAGACAGGAAGCAACAAAUGGAACGUCAACAACAACAACAGCAACAACAGCAACAGCCACUUCUGUCAGAAUGCAUAAAUCAGACGAUGUGAUUUAUGACAUUAUUCAGCGGCAACAACAGCGGCUGCGGCAACAGCAACAGGAUGCGGCAAAUGCCGCAAACGAAGCCCCAUUGGUCAGUACAAAUGCGGAGGCAUUGCCAAAGUUGCCAAAGCAGGCGAUUUCUGCAAAUUUGGGCACGCACGUCACGCACAAAUAUGGCACAAUUUAUGAUAUCCUACAAGGAGAGAAAUUGGAUGCCGGCGGCGACUCGACCGCCAUCGAAUCCAAACCGAAGGCGCUGGCGGGAAAGGCAACGCGUUUUGUGGUCAGUCAUGUGGAUGAGCAGCAGAUAAGCACACCGGCAACACAAACGCAUCAUGGCAACAACAAUAAGAACAACAGCAGCAGCAGCAACAACAAUAAAGAGGAAACAAACGAUGUACCCAGCGAUGCCAAAGUCAGCAGCGGCAAGUCCUCAAAGAUGCGGCGUCUGUCCAAUAUUUUAUCCUACAAUCGAUCGACGACUCACAACGAAGCCGUCGAUGCAGCGGCGACGCCAGCAACAACAGCGACCGGCAAUCCAACAAUCGAUGGCAAUGCCAGCGAUGAUGCAAAGCCCGACAAGAAGCAGCCGCAUGGCAAGCAGCGCAGUCAGGCAAAGCGGCGUAUUGGUGUCACCAAUUUGUUGUUGCCGCUGGACUCCGAGGAGCUUUACACACGCAUCAUUGCCCAGCAUCGGGCAACGAACCAUGCCAAAAACAACAACACCAACACCCACAACAGCAGCAGCAACAGCAACAAAAAUAAUAAUAAUAAUAGUAAUAGUAAUAGCAGCGAUGCUGAGUGCCACAAUGCACUAAUGAAAUCAAAUUCAUUGGAUACCAUUUCCAUGUCAGUUGCCAUUUCGCCGCCAGCAACGCCCUCGCCGCCGCGCCCACGUCGCUGCCUCAAGCAGCACAACUGCCUGCAGCAGCAACGGGAGCAGCAGCAACAACAGCAGCGGGCGCUCAUGAAGAAGCAUUCGCUGGACAAUUGCGGCGCCAACACAACAGUGAAGCAACCCCUUCGACGAUGGUCCAAUCAGACCCCCCUCAAAUGCACUUGCAUCGCAGACACUGGAUCGCAUUGCUGCAAGUCCAGCAGCAACAAUGAGCAGCAACAGUCUGUCAUUGGCGAGCAAACGUGCCCAAAUUUAAUAGGCUGUGGCUGCGACUGCAAAAACCCCACAACAACAGCAACACCAAAGUCUAACAAUAAUAAAGCGGCAAAUUUGAAUAAUAUAACGACGUCGGCCAAGAAAGGCAAAUCGCGUCGACUUUCCGAAUUUACGCGCGGUGAAUUUUUAAAUGAAAAAUCCUGGUACUUCCGCAAAAUAAAACGCAUUGAGGCUGAGAAAAAACUUUUACUGCCGGAGAAUGAACAUGGUGCAUUUUUAAUACGCGAUUCCGAGAGCCGUCACAAUGACUACUCACUAUCAGUGCGCGAUGGAGAUACCGUUAAGCAUUAUCGUAUACGACAAUUGGAUGAGGGCGGCUUCUUCAUUGCCAGACGCACAACAUUCAGAACACUGCAAGAAUUGGUCGAGCACUAUUCCAAGGACUCGGAUGGCUUGUGCGUCAAUUUGUGCAAACCGUGUGUGCAGAUCGAGAAACCCGUUACCGAGGGUCUAUCGCAUCGAACACGCGAUCAAUGGGAAAUCGAUAGAACAUCCCUGAAAUUCCAGCGCAAAUUGGGUUCCGGACAGUUCGGAGAUGUCUGGGAGGGUCUGUGGAAUAACACAACUCCCGUGGCCAUUAAGACAUUGAAAUCAGGCACAAUGGAUCCAAAAGACUUCCUGGCCGAAGCUCAAAUCAUGAAGAAACUGCGCCACACAAAACUCAUUCAAUUAUAUGCGGUCUGUACCGUAGAAGAGCCCAUCUACAUUAUCACCGAGCUGAUGAAGCACGGUUCACUCUUGGAAUACCUGCAAGCAAUUGCAGGCAAAGGUCGCAACCUCAAAAUGCAAACGCUGAUUGACAUGGCUGCCCAAAUAGCCGCUGGCAUGGCCUAUUUGGAGUCCCAGAAUUACAUUCACAGAGAUUUGGCGGCACGUAAUGUGCUCGUCGGCGAUGGAAACAUUGUGAAGAUAGCCGAUUUCGGUUUGGCAAGACUCAUUAAAGAGGAUGAGUACGAAGCGCGUGUAGGUGCUCGUUUCCCCAUCAAAUGGACAGCACCCGAGGCAGCGAAUUACAGCAAGUUCUCGAUUAAGUCAGAUGUUUGGAGCUUUGGCAUUUUGCUCACCGAGCUGGUCACCUAUGGUCGUAUACCUUAUCCAGGCAUGACAAAUGCUGAAGUAUUAACACAAGUGGAGCAUGGAUAUCGCAUGCCAAUGCCACCGACUUGCGAGCAACGUCUGUAUGAGAUUAUGUUGGAGUGCUGGCACAAAGAUCCAAUGCGUAGACCGACAUUCGAGACUCUGCAGUGGAAACUGGAGGACUUCUACACAUCCGACCAGAGUGACUAUAAGGAAGCGCAGGCUUACUGAUAAAUGCUUUAUGCGGCCGGCAACCGACGACAACACAACAUCAGCAACAGCAACAACACCAGCAACAACAGAAACUGCAACAGCAAAAGCAAAAGUAAGGCGACACCAGCAGCCACAAAUGGCCAGGAUCUGAGCAAGAGCAAGAGCAAGUAAUAAGCGCCAGGUGCAUGCAACUGCCAUGCAUAUCCCAAACGGACAAUUCUUAUAUAUAUUUAAUAAGUAACUUAUGUGGAUUCUGACAAAUUUUCUAACGCAUAUAAACUGAGUGUAUUGUCUCGUAGAUAUUUACUAUAUAAUAUACAUAUAGUAUAUACAUAGAGUUCAUGUUGUUAGCUCUUAAGCAGCGACAUGUGUUAGGAGCGUGAGCAUUUAGUUUCUAAGCGCAAAGUUAGUUAAUAUUUAUACACACAUACAUGCAAUGUUUCUUUUGUACUCUAAUAAAAACAAAAAUCCAAUUUGAUUGUUCAAUGCUCUUUCGAUUAACGAUUUUCAGAACAUGAGUCAUGUAUUACGACGCCUGUGCUGAAUAAUAUGUGAAAUGUAUUAUUAUUAUAAUUAUUAUCAUCAUUAUUGUUCACACAAACGCAUAAGUCACAGUUUAUAUAUAUAAACAUAUACAUUUAAUAUAUAACCGAUAUUCAUAGUUCAACCUACUUACUUAUAUAAAUAUAUACAUACACAUUUUUAGUUUGUAGUCAUAUGAAACAUAUUUAAAUAUUUAUGUUUUUAGUUGAACUCAAUGUGUCUUAUUUGCAAUGAAAAUAAUAAUACAAAAAAAGAAAAACACACGCACUCAACCUUAUCAACGACUUUUAUGCUUUAUUAUACGAAAACAGAAUGUCAGAAGUUGAAACACAAAUUCGAGACACAAGUGCUAGCUUCUACAAAUACGCAAAAGUUAAUGCAAUACGAAGAAACAGAAAAGGAAAAAUCCAUAUUAUUAAUGUUAUGCCUAAAUUUUAACUGUAAUUUUAACCAUUUAAUUAUACACGCAUACAUACAUACAUAUAUUAUAAAUAUACACACGCAUACAUGU